AUGACAAGAGAGGAGCCAGAUCAUUCUGGUCCCCACGCCCCUUUACUUGCCUCGACCGACACGUCUCCGGUGCAGGGCCACGAUGAUCAAGCUCUAGCGAGCGAGCUGAAGUAUUCCGGUGGAUGGUUCAUAUGGACCUUGACAUUGUCUGCAGGUAUUAGCGGGCUUCUUUUUGGUUACGACACUGGUGUCAUAUCCUCCACUCUUGUAACAAUUGGCUCAGAUCUUUCCAGUCGUCCACUGAACACUCUCGAUGAAAGCCUUAUCACGUCCUGUACGAGCUUGUUCGCGCUGGUGGCCAGCCCCUUCACUGGGGUUUUGGCUGACAAGUGCGGCCGGCGGCGUGUGAUCCUCGUUGCAGAUGCCCUUUUUGCCCUGGGCGCAUUAAUUCAAGCCUCUACGAGUCAUGUGUGGGGCAUGAUAUUAGGGCGCAGUAUUGUUGGCUUGGCGGUUGGGAGCGCUAGUGCCGUGACCCCAUUGUACAUCUCGGAGAUCGCACCGUCGCAUGCAAGGGGAAGACUCGUCACAAUCAUGUGCCUGCUGAUCACUGGAGGUCAAGUUGUAGCAUAUAUCGUCGGUUGGCUGUUUUCCGAAACCUCCGGCGGAUGGCGUUGGAUUGUAGGACUCGGGGCGGCCCCGGCAGUUCUACAAUUUGCCUUGAUGGUCAUAUUGCCAGAAACACCCCGGUGGCUGGUGCAGGCAGGCUUCGAACCCCGAGCCAUGAACGUCCUGGGUCAGAUUUACCAAGUCUGCCCCGACCGUGACCGCGUCGUGGCUCAGGUCAUGCGCAAUAUCAGAGGUGAAAUCAUCGAGGAGGCGUUGGAGACCGACCAGAUUAAGGUGUCUGGUACGAAACCACAGUGGCUGCAUGACGCCUCCCAGCGAGCACAUGAUCUCUUCCACGAUGGUGGGAAUAGGAGGGCCCUGAUAAUAGCCAUGAUGCUCCAAGGACUGCAGCAGCUAUGUGGCUUCAACAGCCUAAUGUACUUCUCAGGGAUCAUAUUCAAAUCCCUGUCGUUUUCCUCUCCGACGUUGACAUCCCUGACAGUUGCGGUGACGAAUUUCAUAUUCACCCUCCUCGCAUUUUGGCUAAUCGAUAGAGUUGGAAGACGGCGAAUUCUGCUUUACUCAAUACCCGUCAUGAUUCUUGCGUUGGGCCUUUGUGCCAUCGCGUUCUCUUCAUUAGAUAUUCCAUUUGACACUCACCCCAGACCUCAUGGCGAUGAUAAAGACAGCCAGACUUCGCUAUACGCUCUACUGAUUCUGUUCUGCUUGACUGUCUACACCGCAUCUUACGCCUUCGGGCUCGGCAACGUGCCGUGGCAGCAAGCAGAGUUGUUUCCUUUGAAUGUUCGUUCUUUCGGAUCAGGUCUCGCCACAGCGACGAAUUGGGGGUCAAAUUUCAUUGUCGGACUCACUUUCUUACCUAUGAUGGUGUGGUUAACCCCCACUUGGACUUUUUUGGUCUAUGCCGUGGUCUGCGCCUUUGGAUGGGUGGCUAUACGUGCAAUCUAUCCGGAGUUGAGUGGACUUGGUCUUGAGGAAGUCAAGGGCUUGUUGGCAGAUGGAUGGGGUGUGGAACAGAGUCUCCGGCGACAACAUAGCUUCCCUGGGUAG